UUCUUCGGAUUUUUCGGUUCGUUACUUGUAAUUGUACACGUUACUUUCACAUUGUGUUACCUGCUCGUAACGUUUAUUGACAAGAUGCAGAAUUUUAUUUUCGGUUUUAUUUUAGUCAUUUGUCUAAUCGGAUUGGCUGUUUCAGAUGAGCAUGGUGAAAAUGCAGUAUCGUUCACAAAGCAAACGUUUAACGAAGCCAUUGCAAAUGAAGAAAUUCUGUUUGUAAUGUUUUAUGCUCCCUGGUGCGGCCAUUGUAAACGACUUGCGCCAACUUGGGAUGAUCUUGCAAAGGAAUUCAAUAUAGAUGAACGUAAAGUAACCAUUGGAAAGGUUGACUGUACAAAGGAAACAGAUCUAUGCAGCGAUCAUUUGGUUCGUGGAUACCCAACAGUGAAGUGGUUUCACAGAAGCAGUCUUGGUAUAAAAUAUGGAAACGAUCGAUCAGUGGAGGCUUUUAAGACGUUUAUUGCAGAUGCCUUGUCCAAGGGCGAAGGUCUGAACUUGAACCAAAAACUCGAGCAACCGGUUCCGGAGAAGAAGGAAGAAGAGAAAGAACCAGAAAUUGUAGUAACCGACGGCUUGUACGAUCUUAGCGAUGCCACGUUCUCUAGUCAUGUUGCCACUGGACAUCAUUUUAUCAAAUUCUUUGCUCCAUGGUGUGGACACUGUAAAAGAAUGGCACCAACUUGGGAACAACUUGCUAGUCAGUAUGUAGACAACGAUAAAGUCAAAGUUGGAAAGGUUGAUUGCACUCAGAAUAAGAUGACAUGCACUAAAUAUGGUAUCCGUGGAUACCCCACUAUACUCUGGUUCACAAAUGGUGAAAAGAGUGAAGAUUAUAGAGGUCAGAGGUCAAUUGAAGAACUGACAAACUUUGUAACAAAAAUGACAAGUGUUGAGUCGGAGACCGCCAAGACAUCUAAAGACGGGAAAGUUCCGGAUAUUUUGAGAGACGAACCAGAAGUUGGAGUUGUGUCUUUGAAUGAUGAUGAUUUUAAAGAAUCUGUAUCAGAAGAUUUUACACUAGCUGUAUUUGACAAUGAUGAUAAGCGUAUUGAAGCUGUCAUGCCAACAUUAAAGAAGCUCGCAGAACGUUAUGUCACCAAACCAGAACUAUUAGUGGCAACAGUUGAUUGUAAGAAGAAUGGAAAUACUUGUAAAAAUCAGGACGCCAACGGACCUUAUCCACAGUAUAAAUUAUAUCACAAUGGAGCGGCCAUUAUAUCAUAUCAAGGAGAGAAGACAGUUGUUGCCAUGGAAACCUACAUUAACGAAAUGAUGAAGAAAUACGGAAAAGAUCAUGAUGAAUUAUAAUAGAUGUGUAUCUUAGGUUAAAUUAUGAUCGAAAUGUCAUCCAAAAUUGUCAUCAUUUAUUGUUACAUAAAUAUCUUAAAUGGACUUGUCCAUUAUUUAUUUUGGAAAUUUUCAAAAUAUUUACAUACUGAAUAGCAAAUAUUAUAAAAACAUAUCGCUCUAUGAUAUGUUACAUAUAUAUAUAUAUAUUAAAGAGAGAAAAGUUAUUUUUGUAUGAAGUUACUCCCCUUGUUAUGACAGCAUUUAUUUUAACCCUAACCGUUCUAUAGCUCGUCCAGUCGGUCAAUAAAAUUAAAUAAUGGGGACAGUUUUGGAUUUCAUUUUUAAUUUCUUUUUUUCCAGAUAUAUAUAUAUAUAUAUUAAAUGUGUAAUAUAUAUUUUUUAUGUAAAUAAUUUAAUCAGCUUGUGAAAAUAGUAAGUAUUUCAAGAAAGUUGACCAAGCUUACAUGAAUUGAUACAAUUUUGAAUAAAUUUCGAGUCAAUUAACAAUAAUUGAAAUUUAUAUUUUAAAGGCCUACAUAUUGAAAAUACUGAAUGUACAUGUAAUGAUCAAUGGGAGUAUUUUCUUGAACAAUGGAAUACCAUCUUUCUGUGAUAUAUCAAACAUAUUUUUGUAACAUUAUUGUCUAUUUUUCAUUGUGUAUUGAUGCAAUUUCAAAUACUCAACAUUUAUUUUCACAGCUCAUAAUGUCCUUUAGCAUAAUAUUAUAAAGUACCUUAAAUUUUCUCAAAGGCUAUGUACCUAUAACUUUCUGAAGGUCUAUGUACCUAUAACUUUCUUAGAGGCUAUGUACCUAUAACUUUCUUAAAGGCACAUUAAACCUCAAACAUGCUAUUAUUUUUAUUUUUCAAAAGCUUUUAUUUCUGGUGCUAGGUUACAGUUUCCAAAAAGUUACUCAUGAUUUACCAUAAUGGUGAAACAUCUUUUGUUCAUUUUGUGUUUAAGCAAUGAGUAUAGUUAUAGUGACUUAGUAUUUUGUACGGAAGUUGAAAUGCCACUUUGUUUACAUUCUCUUACCUUUGUGACAAAUAUUUUUACAUUUAGCACCCUUCCCUUCUUUCAGACGAUAAGCAUGUUCUAAAUCAAUAAACAACAAUAUAAAAAAAACCUGUUUGCCCUUUCUUCAAAAUGGAAACUUUAUUAAUUCCUGAGGAAUAAUGUGCCUUUAAGCAAAACUUGAGUGUAACAUGAUUAUUUUAUCUAAAGAAUAAAGUCUGGUCAUUUAUGCUCCUCUAAUUACACAUACUAAUAUUUAGUUGAUAAUCUUAAAGAUUAAAGAAACUUGACAUUGCAAACCAGUCAUAUAUGGCUGAAGAAGCUGGCAAUAUGAAUGGAUAUAUUUAAUCAAAAGUUCUAUCAUAUAUACAUCGAAAAGUUUUCAUGCGCUUUUUUUUACUGUAUUUAAAGAUCUGACAGUUAAUGGCUUUUUGAGAUUCAUUCAUUUUCUAAAUUUUUAGUUGGAUACUGUUUAUCUGUGAAUAUACAAUUGUUACAUCUUUGUUAAGAUUUUUGCUUUUUGUUGUUUAUAGUGCCUUACAAAUAUAUCUUUUUUGUUACAAGUUCAAAUAUUGUACGAAAGGGUCACCUAUUUUUUGUACUUGAAAAUGAGUAAAUAUUUUAUGAAAUAUGAUAAACUUGUGAGAUGAAAUAUUUUAAUCCAUUAUAGAAGUGUUGGGUUGAUGGAAUGUAACUUUUCAUAUAUUUCAAUCUUAAAAUAAAGCACUCUUUUGAGUUUAAAAUAGUUUCUUUUUAAAGUGAUUUUGGGUUGAUUGCAAUGAUAUAGAAUGAUAAUCAAUCAGAGCUCGUCAAUAUUUUUUUAAGUUGGGAGGGUAAUAAUCUAACCACUUACAAGUAAAUGACCAGUGUUUGAUAAGAACUUUUAUUUAAGGUUGUCAAUCUUUUAUUUUGUACUAAAUCUUGUAUUUUAUAUUCAUAUAUGUGAAGUGUUAAAGAUUUUCAUAUGAAAGAUACUGUAUGAAUGGUGUUAAUUGCUACAUAUAUGUUUUUUUGUUUAUUUAAACAAAUGUUUUCAGUAGCAUAAUAUUACAUAUGUAUGUUGCUAUUUUGCAUAUUUUUGUGGGUAUGUGUAAGUUUUUUUUUGGUUUUUCGUUUUGUUUUUUCUUCAAAUUUUGUCAGUAUAUUAAAAGGUUCCAAUGAUCUUGCAAAUCCAUAUGAUUUCUAAUACAGUUUACUGCACUUAUAACAAUAUCGCUGAUAACGAUAUUACCAGCUCAUUUUCAUAUUGGUUGCCUCUCGGACACAACAAUAUAAAUUUGUGGUCCCUUUAAAUAUUGUUUUAAGUGGAGAUUACUUUAUGUCUGAUCUGAAAUUUGCAUAGUUUAUCAUUUUGUAUGGCAAUUUAUUUACGUCAUAUACAGUUUCUAGUGUCACUGUGCUGAAAGAUGAGUGGCUGAGUGGGUAAAGUCAUUAUUUUGCAGAACUUUGCCCCUCACCACUGUUGUCUUGAAUCUUGCCAGUGACUACGACAUCUUUUAUUUGAGGAUUCUAUCCAGCUAGCUUAUGGAAGGCUGGUGGUUCUGCUGAAAUAAUACACAAAGGGGAACCCGAGGUCUUCCCCAGUUAAUUAAGUUUGAAAGUCGCUAUGUAACCUGUAGUGUGACUUCGACAAAUUGUCAAACAGACUCAUGCUUGUAUGUGAUGCCUGUAUCUCGAUAACAUAUGUAUUAUUUAUGCAAACAUUCUUCUUUUUGUUCCUUUAUACAUAUCAGUAUGUUGUCAAAUUUCAUUUUUUAAAUAACAAAAAAUAACCCAAUUCUUGUUUGCCUAAUGUUGCAAAGAAGAAAAAAAGAAAUUUAUGAUGUAUCUUAUAGCUUAGUAAUCAUCAGUAGAAAAGUGGAAAGAGAAGUAUUAUUGCAAUGCUUAUAUUUAGCAUAACAAAUGAGUCUUAUUGUACAUAGCAAAUUUUUCUUUGAUCUAACAGUAGUAGCAUUCGGAUAGUGAAAACUAAAAAUCUUUCGCUGUCCGUCUGCUACUACUUCUAACUUUCCAAUUAAUUUUUGUUGACAUUGUAGUAAUCUCAAAUAAGUUCUUAUUUUUGCAUGAAACUGUACCUCAUUUCAUUUUAUAUUUAGGCCAGUAUAAAAUAUAUAGGGGGAAAAUACCUCGUUGUUUCAGCUUAUUCAUUGGUUUAUCUCUUAACACUCUUAAUAUCUUAGACUUAUCCAUCUUUUAAUUUAGACAAAACUAUUCAUCACUUUUAGGGUAAAUUUUCAAAAUGUCCACUGAAUGAAAAGUAAUCGGACUCGGUGCCGACUUCGAUCAGGACGCCCUAAUGAGCUAAUUGAUCCUGGUCUGUCCUGGUGGCAUGGGUAUCAGUAGGCAAAAGGUAAAGACAGUAUAAUCUCCAUUGGGAAACAAUAAUGUUGCGGAGAGAUUUUAUUCUAUAGGUUAAAUUCAUUCUUCACUCUUCUUAGUCCUACUUUUGGAAGAAAUAAUAGUUGUAAAGAGGGCGCUACUGCGAACGCAUAUUACACCGAGUUGCUCUGCAUUUAACCCUUGUUAAAUAUUUGAAAUGGACUUGGCUAAUCUUUUCAGACGAACUUUUAUAUUAUGCGCUAGUUAUAGUCGACAUGUUGGACAAAUUGUUCGGAUGGUGUGCAUCUUAAAGCAGCAUCAUAUAUAUGGUUUCUAAUGUUCCGAGUUCAUUUUAUAGAAUAUACAUGCAGAUUUUGGUCAGCACUGGUCAAAAAGACAAUCAGCUAUGCAGCAGUUUAUGGAAGGCAAAACUUGUUUCAAUAGUUAGAAUAAGGAUGACAAAAUUUAUUUAACCAUCGGCAACAUUAAAGCAAUAUGAAACAAAUUGGUCAAAGCUAAUGUUAAAAGAGAAUGAAUUAUUUUGUACUGGCCUUACUAGUAUCUGUAUGGUGCUAUAUAAGAUUUGCAAUGAUGUAUUUUUAAUUGCAAUUUAAUUUGAACAGUUAUUUAUAACAUAUUCUUCAUAUACAUGUACUUUUUUUUUCUUAUUUCUUUUAAUUUUCUUUUCUUUUUUCUCAAUUCAUUGAGAAAAUAAUCACGAGGGAUAUCUUUUUAUUAAAAUCAUCAAACAUUA